GACAAGUCAACCCUCAGACAGUGGGUACAGUUUGUCCGCGUUAGACGGGCAGAUUUUUCUAUUCCCUCGGUCACUAAGAACUCCAAGGUCUGCAGCGCUCAUUUCACGGAGGAAGAUUACGACCAAGGGGAUAUCAGGAUGGUAUCUCUCGGGUUAAAGAGGCUGGCACAGCUUAUUCCGAACGCCGUGCCUUCUGUGCACACGCAUCUCUCUGCCUGCCCUGCCCCGAGACCGAGAGGCACCAAGAUCAGUGCCGCCAGCCGCAAGCGAGAGCUGGCCAUGGUAAGCCUCAUGGUAAUGUUUACAAGCUGUGCGUUAGCUAGCCCUGUGUAUACUAUAUACCGUAUUCCCUUUGACACCGCCUCCACUACAGUCAUGACUCAUGAUCAGUCUGACAUUAGAAAAGAACAUUUCGUGAUUCAUGAAUAUGAACCAAAACAAAAUUGUCCUGAAGUAAAUGUCCAAAAGCUUGUCAUAUCUAACUAGAAAGCGCCAUGGCUAGUGUUUGGAUCACUGGCGCUCAUCAAGCGGCUUUCACAACAGUGUGUGUGUGUUCUAUUUAGUUGAUGGAUUUAAUUGCCCUUUUCCUGAUGGAAAGUGACUAUUACGGUCCUCUUUCAUAUGUAUUUAGACGUGACUGUGUCGCUGACGCUAAUUUAUUUACGCAAGAUGUUGACAGAUGCCUCACCGUGUGAGACCACGGACAGUGUCAAUGCUGCUACGGUAGAGGACCCCUUGCCCUACUCCACUUGUGACACUGGGACACAAUGUAUUUUGAAGCCCCUUGGAAGGUCUCACGGUAAAUCUUGUUAUUUUUUUAGUGGUUGAUAUGCUGUCUAAAACAUACGUUGCCAAAUUAUAUGCAUGCAGGAAAUUUCCAAACACAUUGCUAAAAUUAAUACAUAACCUAGAUCAAAACAUAACCGCUUAGAUUUGCCAUGAUUGUCAUCUGUUUGGGUAUGUUUAUUGACUCUGCCACAGCUGUGCAAGUGAACCUGAAGCCCAAGAUGGUCAGCAUGGGGACACAAACUUUCACCCCCCUCACUAGUCCUGACCCAACGGAUGGAGAAGAUGAUCUCUCUGUCAUCAGUGAUGCAUCAUGGGUACCAGGAGACCAGAUGUCUGAGGAGGAUGAGGAGGUGUUGUGUGAGGAGCCAUCUCAAACUUGUGACCCCCACCAAAAGUCUGUGCAUGUGGCUACCAGCGUUUCUGGCAAAACCAGCCGAUCCUAAACAGGAAUAUGCCAACCUGUAACCUCCUUUUAAGCGGGGCCAUCCAUUUCUCUGGAUGUUUGGCCACCCAGACAUUACGGAUGAUGACCCUGUUUGGCCUUCAGUGCAUCAGCGCAAGCACUUUCUUUCGCCAUCAGCGCCGUUACACCAUCCCCGUCAUCAUUCAGGCCUGGCAGAACGAGCAGGCCAAGAAUUUUAGUGACCUCAAGGCAAUGGAUGGAGGCCUAGUUGUUGCUGGUGACUGCAGGUCAGAUUCUCCAGGGCACUGUGCAAAGUACGGCUCCUACACAUUGAUAGAGGACAGAGUAAACAAGGUGGUUGAUGUUCAGCUUGUUCAGAGCUCAGAGGUCCCCAACAGCUCUUGGUGUGAGAUGGAGGGGCUCAAGCGCAGCAUCGGCUUGCUGAGGCGGAACGACCUGCAUUUGUCAACCCUCAUCACAGACAGACAUCGCCAGGUUGCCAAAUGGGUGAGAGAAGAGCUGUGCCCUGAAGGGACACAGCAUUAUUUUGAUGUCUGGCACAUUGGGAAAAGUAUGUAUCCAUUGUUGGAACGUUUAAGCAGUUUUUGUUAUUGCAUUUCGAUUAAUACCAUUUGUUCUAAACCAGGUCUGGGGAAGGCCUUGGAUACAGCCUCAAAAGACAGACAGUGUGAACAACUACAGUUGUGGAGGCCAGCCAUAGUAAACCACCUGUACUGGACUGCAGCCUCAACCCCUGAUGGCAAUCCAGCUGUGAUGGAGGCCAAAUGGAGAAGCUUGGUGAAUCACAUUCAGGACAUCCACGACCAUGACACCCCUGCCUUCUCCAGUUGCGCUCAUGCCCCUCUGGAGGGGGAUCAACGAGAUAAAGAGUGGCUGGAACCAGGCUCAAUGGCAGCAGUAAAACUGGAGGGUAUCAUCACAAGGACAUCCUUACUGAAGGAUGUUCGACAGCUGUCUCCGCAGCACCAGACUUACUCCCUUGAAGCCUUCCACUCCCUGAUCCUGCACUUCGCACCCAAGCACACUGGGUUUUCAUACCAGGGCAUGUAUAGCAGGUCAGUGCUGUCCAAUGGAAUAACAAUGCCGUAUUUGAUCAUACAUACACCAGGUUUCGAAAGUGUUCUCAAAUGUGUUAUUCUGUAGGCUUCUCUUAGCGGCGCUGCAUUACAACUAGGGAUGGGCAUUUGAAGAAAUUUUCUUGAUCGAGCAUCGCUAGAGUUAUCGAUCAAUUAUCGAUUAAUCAUUAACUUUUUUCUAUGUUUUUUUUCUAAUGUUUUUAUCAAUGAAAUCUUUAUUCCAACAAUAAUGUAUGGGCCAAAAUUAAUACAAUACAGUUAACUUGAAGACCUACAACUGUUUAACAGUUUUAAAAUAAUAAAUACAGGCAUUAUAGGUUAUAGGCCUAUGCGGCGCUCGUAAAGUCCGAACAAUGCGCCUACAGGCGCUCUUAAAGGUUUGGAAACGAUUCAACAAGACUAAAUCUGUAGCCUAUUCCAAUUACAAUAAGUAGCGAACUUAUCGGACAACAAUAAUCAAACAAAGGCAGUAGGCUAAAAGUGGGCAUUAAACUGUAUAACUGUUAUGAAAAAAAAGGGGGGGGGAAAGGCCGACAUAUAAUGCCUGCAGCCGGCGCGCGGAAAAGGCUCGCAACAAAAAGAUGAGCCACCCAUUUACAAACAAUUGCAUGAACUAGUCUAUCUAAAAGCAAUACCUUAUUGAACAUAUAUAAGGCUGGACUUGUUGCUAAAAUAUCAGUUUUGGCAAAAUGUAACGACUCCAAGAGGCACCAAGCGGAGCGAGAGUCAACACAUUAAGAAAGAAAAGAGCGACUCACAUACGGUGGUGACUGUCGUCCAUAGCAUACAGUAACUCCAGCCUACAUAUUUUUGUUUAGGAAUAUAAGCAUGUUAACAUGCUCGGGGGUCAGACGCGAACGCAGCCUUGUAACUGUCAGUCCAGCAGCAGAAAACACCCGCUCUGACGGGACCGAAGUUGCGGGGAUGCAGAGGUAUUGUCGCGCUAACUUUGACAGCCUGGGGAACCUUCUUCCAUUCACUUUCCACCAGUCGGCAGGGUUAUAUUCAAUUAAAUGCUUCAAGACUCACAGUAUGCAACACAACGUCCUUUUAAUCGAUAACAAUAUAAAUUGAUCGACGCAUUUCUUAACGAUCAAUUAUCGAGCAUCGAUUAAUUAUGCCCAUCCCUAAUUACAACCAUAAUGCGAACAGAGAGACCGCACGAAGAAGCGAUGGUUUGGAGAGGUAUAGCGUGCGAUAUCCACGUUUUAGAAAAGGUGCCUGGGUAGUUGUGCCAUCAAAGAGAAGGCCUCAUACGGUAGGCAGUGUCAUGCAGUUCUAUCAUAUUUUGACAUUAGCGCACAAGACAUCUGUGACAUCGAUCUUUAUACAGUAUUUUAUCAUUAUUAUGUCUGCAGGUUAUGCAACGUCAUUAAUCGAGGCUCUUCGGGAGAGCUACAUGGAUUCACCCAAGGCUCUUCAAGAGGUUAGCGCCAAUUUGUCAGCCUGUGCACCCGCCCCCAUCGCCAAAUCCUUCAAACAAAUUCCCAAGGAGGAGGCCGUCAGCCUCUAUCUAGCCCAGCAGUCAUGCUACAAAAAAUUGAAUUAGCAUAGUUUUUUUCCCCACACAGGCCAAUCAUUUAGUUGUGAGUAUGUAUAUAUGUAUAUAGUAAGUAUAUGUUAUUUUAUUUGGUGGUGGUUUUCUGUAUGCCGCAUGUUUUGUUUUCUCUUUGUGUGCUGUUUAUUGCUUGGGUUUUUUGAUUGUUCCAGGAAGUUUAUUAUAACCUUACAUUUUAACCCCUUGCGCUGACCCUAACAUCUGUCGACUAACAUUAUCUCUUGGUUAUUUUUGGCUGUAACCCAUUCAUUCCUUUAUCAGCAUCACCAUGGUUACCGCCUCACUGCAUGUCGCAUGUUUUGUUUUUAUUGCUUGGGUUUUUUACUUAGUUGUGUGCACAAAUCAUUCCUUUACAGCUCCAU